AUGCCAGUCCAUUCUAGCAGUCCCCCAAUUCGACGCGUUUUCGAACUGCUAACAGUCAGAUUUUUACACUUCAGUUUCCAAUGGCAAAUCCCGUUGACCUACGGCACUCCGACCACUUCGAACUGGGAAGACAAUGAAGUUAUUUGGUUGAAAGACAAAUCAAUGACUACUGAACUGGAUAUAGAACCGUCAGCAUGGUACGUGUUUAAUACCAAACAAGCCGGUUUCUAUCGAGUUCACUACGCCGAUUCCAACUGGGAAGCACUGACGAAACAGCUGAUCGCCGAUCACAAGACUUUGUUGCAUCAUCGAUUAUACCAACCACCUGGGAAUGUGUUCAGACAUCCGUUGUGUCAGGGCCCGAUUCGUUCUGCCGAUGUGUCACCGCAACUGAAGGUGAACUGGUAG